GUCUAGUCCAAUACCACCUAUAGUAAAAGGCCUGAGCGCUGUUUUGUGACGUCAUCACUAAUAGAUAGUAUGUACUCCGAUAACACUAUAGAAAUGAAUGAAAUAUUAAUGCACUAGAACGAAAUAAAUACUGAGAACAUUUUAUUUUGCGUUUUGAAUCACAUUCUGAUACUUAAUAAUCAAUUUGAGAUCAAGAGGGAAUGAUUUGAAUGGAAAAAUAAGUAAAUAUAAGCUCAUAAUCAACACUGUUUUUAUCAUUAAAGAUGAGAACUACACUCGUUUAUGAUCUAAUUUCUAAAAGAAUAUCAAGAAAAACUCUGGAGGAUGACAGCUGACAAUGAGGAAUAUAGCAAAGAAGUACAACACAUACAAAUUAUUGUAAAUAUUACCGAAUAUACGCGAACAUAAUCUCCAACUCAAAGACUAAGGUAUACGAAACGAUCACCAAACAUUGCAUACAUGACGGAGAUUUCUCUCGAAAUUCUUUGCAAACAUUGUAUUUAUGCCUGUUGAAAUCCAUCCUAAGUAUUUUGGAAUUUAAAGCUGCUUCAAUUGGUUUGAGAUACUGAUGAUUUCUAGUUUAAUAUCCAUUAUCCAUCAUAGCAGCUUUAGCAUGGCUGGUCUAAGAAGUAGAUUUGAAAAUUAAAAUGUAUUGUAGAUUUUUCUCCAACUUGAUGCGAUUGCAUUGUUCACUAACUACUUAUUUCAUUACAACAUCAUUCCGGUACAACACACUAGUACACAUUAAUUUUCAUUUUAAUCUACAGUUUACAUCACUAUUCAUUCAAAUUACACAACACAAACGAGUCGCAAAAAAUUCAUUUUUGUACACAAAUCAAAUAAACCAACACCAUCUGUAAUUGAAAACAUCAGUACCACAUUACUAGAACACAUUUUAUGACAAAUAUUAAUUGAAUUUCAUAAUUUAAUUAACUUUUUUAACGAAAGUUUUACUCAAUUUCACGAAUUCGCCAUUUAAACAUACGUUAAAAUUCAAAUGGUAAACACAAUCGAGUCAUCUACUUGUGGUGACGUCAGAGCUGAUAAGGAUUCAGCGCUCAGGCCUUUUACUAUAGGUGGUAUUGUCUAGUCGCAUGCACGUGUUUUUGUUAUCAGUUGAUUGAUUGCUGAUUGAAAAUUAAAGGAAACUCGAUUUUUAUUUUUCCAAUAAUUUGCUAAGAAUUCGUCGUUAUGGUCGAAUUUACUUACUUGAUUUGAAUUUUAAUCAACGUUUUGAACAUCAAUAGGUAGAAAUGGGAAAAAGUAAAAAAGGUUUCAAUUGGAAAGCUCGAGAAGUCGUAGAAGUAAAAACCGACGAUAGUUUUUCAAAAGAGAUCACGGUUGAAAUCGAUGGCAGUGCGCAAUCAUACGAUGAAUCAAAUCCGCUCGUAUUGCCAUCUAGAAAAAGGGAAACAUCAGCUGUAAAACGAACCGAAGCUAAACCUUUUAAAAUAUUAUCGAAGAAACAGAGAAAACGUUUAGAGAAAGUAGUCGAAAAGAAGAAGAAAAAAGUUGAUAGAGCGGCAUUAUUAAAAUCACUUCUCGAAGUACAAGGCACGCCGGAAUUACUCAGUAAACUGACUUCAAUUUCCGAAGUACAAACUAAAGGCAUCAAACGAGUUUACCAAGAAAGCGACGAUACCCCGAAUGAAGUAAAAUUAUCUGAUACGAAAAAGCUCAAACUUCACAGUAUUAAAGGUCGUAGAAAAACGAAGCAAGAAAAGUCUAAAAUCACUGAUCCUAAUAUUGUUGGGUUUUCGUCCUCAGAAUCUGAAGAAGACGACGACGACGAAGAAAAUGAAAAUGAAACUAACGAACAACCUGUAUCAGAAACUCCGAUUGAAUGUGAUUCUACGACCGACGAUGUUGAAAUAAUCGAUGUCCAGGAUCAGUCAAGUAAUCCUGAAGAAAUUAACGUAGAUUCUGAAUCGGAAACCGAAACUGUGUCUGAAUCAGCGGAUAAUAAAGCUGAAAUUAAAACUGAAAUUCGACCAGCUCAAUCGAAUAUAACAGCUACGCCAGAUAAAUUGAAACUACCUACGAAGACUUUCGUAUCAGUAGAUCGACUUCCUGAAAUACAACGUGUUCGUUUAAAGCUACCUAUAAUUGGCGAAGAACAAGUGAUCAUGGAAGCUAUACACGAUAACGAUGUUGUAGUGAUCGCUGGUGAAACUGGUAGUGGAAAAACUACUCAGUUACCACAAUUCUUAUACGAAGCUGGAUAUACUUUAAAUGGUCGUUUAAUUGGUGUCACUGAACCUAGACGAGUAGCUGCCAUUUCAAUGUCACGUCGUGUAGCUGAAGAAUUAAACUUAGGCAGUGAUAUUGUUUCGUAUUUGAUUAGAUUCGAAGGAAAUACCGGACCUAAAACGCAAAUUAAAUUCAUGACCGAUGGUGUUUUGCUGAAAGAAAUUCAAAACGAUUUCAUGCUGAGUAAAUAUUCGGUCAUUAUUCUCGAUGAAGCUCACGAACGUAGCAUUUACACAGAUAUCCUGAUCGGUUUACUUUCAAGAAUCGCACCGUUCCGGCGUAAAAAAGGUGAUCCGUUGAAAUUGAUCAUAAUGAGUGCCACGUUACGUCUUAGUGAAUUUACUGAAAAUACUCGAUUGUUCAAAGCUCCUCCUCCGGUUAUUAAAGUUGAUUCUCGACAAUAUCCGGUUACUAUUCAUUUCAAUAAAAGAACUGCUAUAAAUUAUAUGAAAGAAGCGUAUAGAAAAGCUGUUAAAAUUCAUACCCAAUUACCGGAAGGCGGAAUUUUGAUAUUUUUAACAGGACAACAAGAAGUAAACACUUUGGUGAAAAAAUUACGUCAAACGUUUCCCUACCGUUUUGAUAAGAAAAAAGCAGCCAUCAAUUCAGAUACUUCUAAACCUGAUGACAAACCCACCGAAGAAUCGAAAUCAGAUUGUAACGACUCCGCAGAAAAAGACCCCGAAGAGAACGAACCGAAUGAAGAAGACAUCCAAGAAGUCGAAGAAAGUGACGAUGAAAGUGACAGGAAAACAUUGAAAACGAAAUUGAAAAAACUUAACAAAAGUACCUUACCCGAAAUCAAUCUCGAAGAUUACGCUACCAAACCGAACGAUGACGAUAUGGAAGAAGAUGAUGAAGAAUUAGACGAUGAGUUCGUUACAGAUGAACCUAUAAUUGGUGGUACUUUCCAGCCAAUGUGGGUGCUCCCUUUGUAUUCUUUUCUGGAUAGCAAAAAACAAUCCAAGGUUUUCGAACCGCCUCCUGAAGGAUGCAGAUUAUGUGUAGUUGCUACGAAUGUGGCUGAAACAUCGUUAACGAUACCUUUAAUAAAAUACGUUGUGGAUAGCGGACGCACGAAAGUCCGAUUAUACGAUAAAAUCACCGGAGUUACUACUUUCGCUGUUAAAUGGACCAGUAAAGCGUCAGCUGAUCAGAGAGCAGGUCGUGCAGGACGUACUUCUGCUGGACAUAGUUACAGGCUUUAUUCAUCCGCUGUGUUUAAUGACGAGUUCGAAGAAUGGAGCGUUCCUGAAAUUCAACGUAAGCCUGUAGAUGAUUUGAUCUUGCAGAUGAAAUCGUUACGAAUAGAUCGAGUGGUGAAUUUCCCUUUCCCUUCGCCUCCUGAUUUAACUCAAUUGAAAGUGGCUGAAAAACGGUUAACUCUUUUGGGAGCUCUUAAAGAGCCAGUUCGUCUAAAAGACGAAUGGAGUUGUAGAUUGACAUCUUUGGGCGAAUCAAUGGCUGCAUUUCCGGUAUCUCCGAGGUUCGCGAAAAUGCUCUGUCUCAGUCAACAGUUCGAUCUACUUCCUUACACCGUUACCAUCGUAGCUGCUCUAUCAGUUCAAGAAUUCUUGCUGCAGGCUAAAGAUAAUUUCGUGAAAAUUUGGAAAACUUGGGCUAAAGGAGGCAAUAAAUUGUUACUGGGUGACAUAAUGGUCCUUUUGACCGCUUUAGGAAGCGCCGAACACGCUAGCACUAAAGGUAACAUGGAGACAUUCUGUUCCGAGCACGGUCUUCGUUACAAAGCGGUUACUGAAGCGCGUAAAUUACGAGUUCAAUUGACCAAUGAGCUGAACGCUAAUCUGCCUGAUUUAAAUUUAUCAGUUGAUCCCAAUUUGAAGCCUCCGACCGAUGAUCAGGCUCGUAAGCUCAGACAGAUCAUCAUGUCUGGUAUGGUUGACCAAGUGGCGUAUAAAUUGACUCCGGCCGAGCUCAAAGAAGCUGGUUUAUCGGCGCAAAAGGCUGCGUAUAGGAUUGCAGAUAUCAACGAUGUUAUUUUCCUAAAUUCGUCUUCGGUUUUGAGGAAAACCAAACCUGAAUGGAUCGUGUAUCAAGAAGUGUAUCAAAUUAACGAUAAACUAUAUGCUAGAGGGAUAACUGCUAUUGAACCAGAAUGGUUACCCUUGUAUGCGGCUCCACUGUGUAAUAUUUCUGAACCUUUGAAGGACCCUCCGCCCUGUUACGAAGAAGCUACCGGUCGCGUGAUGUGCUAUGUUACUUCUUCGUUUGGUCGAAGUGGUUGGCAAUUACCUGUCGUAAAAAUAGAAUAUCCAGAAGGAGACGAUCGAUACAAAUGGUUCGCUCAAUAUUUCCUCCAAGGCGAAGUCUGUCCAGCACUUCAAGAAUAUGUUCCUCAUUUAUUAUCUCCUCCAGACUCGGUAUUCAGAAGCUGGGCCAAAUUUUUAAUCGGUCGUAGUACCAAGUUUUUGGGUGCUCUAAUGCAGAAAAAAGUAUAUUCUAAAGAUGUGCUGCUGGAAUGUUGGAAAUCAGAUGAUAAAUAUUUAUUAGAACAGUAUUUAGAAUGGUUGCCAGAAUCAGCCCAUGAAGAAGUGAAAGAAAUAUGGCCACCGCAGUAAUUUGAUUGAAUUAUUUUCGAUAUUGAUUUAUUGACCGACUGUGAUUUUAAAUAUUUUUGAAUAUUGUUUUAUAAUAAAUUACGUUUUGAUUA